AGAGAUAAACACAUCUCUCCGCCCAUUGUAGUGUCCUGCUCUUCUCCUCCAUCUUGUGGUUACACACCUGCCCACAACUCCAUGGCGACCAACAGGGAACGGCAGGUGGGGCACAUGACUGGCUUCUCACCUGCCGUCUACCCCUUUGUCAACUCCAUGCGAAGCCACUCACCCUUUGACCUGCUUGCCAACAGCAGCCUAUUUGGCCGCUUUGGGGCAGACCUUCCAAAAGAGAUGGCUGCACUGUCCGUGGAGACACAGAGUACCAGCUCUGAGGAGAUGAUCCCCAGUUCCCCCUCUCCUCCUCCCCCUCCACGAAUCUACAAGCCCUGCUUCGUGUGCCAGGACAAGUCCUCUGGCUAUCACUAUGGAGUUAGCUCCUGUGAGGGCUGCAAGGGUUUCUUUCGACGCAGUAUCCAAAAGAACAUGGUGUACACAUGCCACCGGGACAAGAACUGCCAGAUCAACAAAGUGACUCGUAACCGCUGCCAAUACUGUCGGCUACAGAAGUGCUUCGAGGUCGGCAUGUCCAAAGAGGCGGUGCGUAAUGACAGAAAUAAGAAGAAGAAGGAUGUGAAGGAGGAAGUAGUGCAACCUGAGAGCUAUGAGCUAAGUGGUGAACUGGAGGAGCUUGUAAACAAAGUGAGCAAAGCUCACAAAGAGACGUUCCCUUCACUCUGCCAGCUGGGCAAAUACACGACAAACUCAAGUGCCGACCAUAGAGUCCAGCUGGACCUGGGGCUGUGGGACAAGUUUAGUGAGCUCUCCACAAAGUGCAUCAUCAAGAUUGUGGAGUUUGCCAAACGCUUGCCUGGCUUCACCACGCUUACCAUCGCUGACCAGAUCACCCUCCUCAAAUCAGCCUGUCUGGACAUCCUGAUGCUGAGGAUCUGCACUCGCUACACCCCUGAACAGGACACCAUGACCUUCUCAGAUGGGCUGACUCUCAACCGGACCCAGAUGCACAACGCCGGCUUUGGGCCACUCACAGACCUGGUGUUCGCUUUUGCUGGACAACUGCUGCCUCUAGAGAUGGAUGACACAGAGACAGGGCUCCUCAGCGCCAUCUGUCUCAUAUGUGGAGAUCGUAUGGAUUUAGAGGAGCCUCAGCGUGUAGACAAGCUGCAGGAGCCUUUACUGGAGGCCCUAAAGAUCUACGCCCGGCGCAGACGCCCCAACAAGCCCCACAUGUUCCCUCGGAUGCUGAUGAAGGUCACUGAUCUUCGAGGCAUCAGCACCAAGGGGGCAGAGCGGGCCAUCACACUGAAGAUGGAAAUCCCUGGCCCUAUGCCUCCCCUCAUCAGGGAAAUGCUGGAGAACCCAGAAGCCUUUGAGGACAGUAGUGACUCUGGGGACAGCGCUGCCGCAGCCCCCCCUGCCAUCCAGACCAUCAAACAAGAGAAGGAGGAGGAGAGGAGCGUGCACGAGUCAGCCUUGGAGGAAGAGGAAGAUGAGGAUGAGGACUAUGGGGAUGAAGAGAGGGAGAGAGGGGUGGACAGUGAUGGGGAGCCCUGGGGCGAGGCUGCAGGGGGAUCAAAGAAAGGGAUGUCAGGGAGAGCACAGUGAGAAAGACACAAUGAUCAACUCACUUUUAUACCCCACCAACACGCCACCAGCCCUGAUCCCCCUACACCCCCUUUCCAUUAACAUCAAGACCUGGCUCUCCCUCUCCUCUGCUGUCUAACCUGUCACACUAUGCCAGCCACACACACACACAUGUACAUGGUGUGUGAGACAAGACAGAAAAAAAGCACUAAAUCUCACAAAAUCUCACAAUGCUGAGACAAAGGGCCUUGAGACAUUACUGUGCCAAGAAUGAGGCAGACAAUUCCUUACUGUUUCCCAAUCUGGUGUUAACACACAGAGACACACAUUUCAACCUGGAGCAGUAGCUUCAGAGUUGGAUAGACACAUUCUGUACUCAAGUGGAAACUGAACAGUAAAACAACCUAACUUGUCUUGAGAAAUGACAGUUUUCUGUUUGACAAAUAA